ACCCAGGAAGACCAGAGCGGCCCCGAGGCGCACCCGCCGCGCCCCCAUUGACCAGAAGGUCUUUCUGAUUCUGGAGAAGGAAGUGACCCGAGUGUGAUUACUUAAAUGUGACAGGAUUUGAGGCUGAGUCAGUUCAAAACCAUCUUCGUUAUUCUUCUGUUUUGAAUUUGUAGGUGAAGAAUAGCUGACACCUGGGCCACAUGGGGUCGCUGCUGGCUAACAGAACGGCACCAAAGCGGCAAAUUGGGUGCUUUGGAAUACUUGAGAGGUGAACCUGAUGUGGGGUGAAAGUCAAUUGAAUACAGUUUAAGUUCUUGAGGUGGCUAUUUAAGUGAAUCUAUAGGUCUGAUAGAUAGAGUUAACAACGUGUCCAAGCUGAGCAACAAGAUUGGGAUGAAUCAUGAUUUCCACAUGGAAGAGACAGUUUUACCUCCAAGCAGUCUGGAAGGCAAGGUCAAGGAGACAAUGCACAAUGCCUUUUGGGACCAUCUUAAAGAGCAACUAUCAGCUGCUCCCCCAGACUUCAGUUGUGCUCUUGAACUUCUGAAAGAAAUAAAAGAGAUCUUGUUAUCACUGCUGUUACCACGCCAGAACCGCCUAAGAAGUGAGAUUGAAGAAGCUCUGGACGUGGACCUCCUCAAGCAGGAAGCAGAGCGUGGGGCCCUAAAUGUUCCUCAUCUCUCUAAGUAUAUUCUCAACAUGAUGGCUUUGCUGUGUGCGCCAGUUCGAGAUGAAGCAGUGCAGAAGCUAGAGAACAUUACAGAUCCUGUUCGGUUACUGAGGGGGAUCUUCCAGGUUCUGGGUCUGAUGAAAAUGGACAUGGUGAACUACACCAUCCAAAGCCUUCAGCCCCACCUGCAGGAGCAUUCUAUCUGGUAUGAACGGGCUAAAUUCCAGGAACUCCUCAACAAGCAGCCGGGCCUCCUCGAUCACACCACCAAAUGGCUGACCCAAGCCGCAGCAGACCUCACCGCACUGCCUCUGACUUGCCCUGACAAUCCCAACUCCUCCAGCAUGGCCUGCCCCUCUCCAAAUGAGGCAGCCAAUAGCCCAGAGCCUCUCAGCCCCGCAAUGGUGCUGUCCCAGGGCUUCCUGAACCUUCUUCUCUGGGACCCUGAAAAUGAAGAGUUCCCGGAGACCCUGCUGAUGGACAGAACCUGGCUGCAGGAGCUCAAGUCCCAGUUGCAACAGUUAACCAUCCUGGCCUCAGUCUUGCUAGUGGCCAGUAGUUUCUCUGGCAAUGUUCUGUUUGGCUCACCUCAGUUUGUGGAUAAGCUGAAACGCAUAACCAAAGCCCUGACGGAGGAGUUUAACUCCAGGCCUGAGGAGGCUAUGCUGACUGUGAGUGAACAGGUGUCUCAGGAAAUCCAUCAAAGCCUCAGGAACAUGGGCCUUGCUGCUCUGAGCAGUGACAACACAGCAUCUCUGAUAGGACAGCUCCAGAACAUUGCCACGAAGGAGAACUGUGUCCGCAGUGUCAUUGAUCAGCGGAUCCAUUUGUUUCUCAAAUGCUGUUUGGUUCUUGGUGUGCAGCGGUCUCUGUUAGACCUCCCUGGAGGCCUUACUCUCAUUGAGGCAGAACUGGCAGAACUGGGCCAAAAGUUUGUCAACCUAACACAUCACAAUCAGCAGGUGUUUGGCCCCUACUACACGGAGAUACUAAAAACUCUCAUCUCCCCAGCCCAGGCACUGGAAACAGAAGUGGAGUCUCUCUGAUAUAGCACAGGCUCUCAUCCCUGGCACCUUGGACCCAGGAGAGAAGCCCAUCGUUUUCCUGGGGUGACAUCACGGUGACCAGCAGAGCAGCAAGCCCUCUUCCCCUCCUGCAGCCAGGACACCAGGGCUGUAGUGAUCAAGCAUGUAAACACCAGUUGGCCCAAACUCAUUUGCUAAUAAACUUCUGAACUGCAAGCAAACCUCCACUCUUCCUGUGCUGCAGCUGUGGCUAGGCCCUGUGCCCUCGGCCCCCAACUAGCUGAGAAGCCAACAGGCCCCCAAUUUUUCCUCCACUGGCUAGGUGCUCCCUUCAGCAUGCAGAGAUGAAAAGCCAAGACACCCAGGUGCUAGCAUUAUUUUUUCUAAGGGUAGAGCAUUUUUCUGAGGGCCCUGAGAACUCUGUGGAAUUAUCCAAAAUGUUGAGCAUAAGGGCUUCACUGAAAGUCAGAAAUUUGUUUUGUCCAAUUCAGCUCAGGAUUGGGCAUGAUUGAAAGAAGUUAUUAGAAACCUUAUUUCCAGGACCAAAUUUCCUUCAAAUGAUUCAACAAGAAGUCGAGAAAUAGUACGAGUCUCAGCUUUCUCUUCUGCUUGCUGGGUCUGAAGCAGUGUGGAAACUGGGGCUGGAUGAAAAUGGAUGUUGGCUGCUGGCAAGCAUUCUGUUGCAGACAGGUUUCAGAGUUCAUGGGAUUUCUCUCGAGUAUCUGGAGUUCAGGCUUAGACAGUUAGGUCAGUGACUGACUUGGGUCACAUUUAUCCUUGGUCCUGUUCUCUAGCCGAGUGAGUUUCUUGUACCUUCAUCUCUAAGCUUAGAACCCCCUGUUCUUCCUGACAGAGUUGAUGUGGGCAUUCAGAGGUGGAACAGCCUCCAUUCUUCUUCCUAAUUCUGGUCUAGGACUCUGAUUGGCAGUUGUGGUUGUGAGCUACGGGUGGCAUCACAAAUGAGAGCUGUUUUAGGAAGGACUGGGCUUGUCUCCUGGGAUUGUAGAGAUUCAACCGGUUCUUCUCAGGCUGACUGCAGCAGACCAGCACCAGCCUAGUAUGGCCGAAAUGAGGAAAAUGUUCCCUUCAGAUUUGGCCCUUUUUUUUGUAAUGGCAAGAGAAAAUGGAAAUUCACUUAUGUGCUCUCAAGGUAAGGUGGAGAGAAACAAUAUUCUCACCAUUUCAGCAGAUGGAGGGAGCUAAAUAUAACACACAAAUCUAGGAAGAAGAACAGAAGGGGAAUUUGAGUUCUAUUAGCUCGGGGUUUCCUCCUAAUUGACUUCCUUUUUAGAGAGUAGAGCCUAGAUGGCUGACAGCCAGGUCAACAGUGUGACUUUUACUAUGACCAGAAAAGCUGGAGGGCCUGGAUCAUUCAGUUUCCAAUCUUAUAGCUAGACAUCCUCAGAAUGGAGAAGCCCAGAAAAGGGGGCUUGUUGAAUAAACAGAGAGGCUUGCCUAGAUGGAGUCUCUCAUUUGCGACGAUUAAUUUGAAUUUUUAAGAAAUCCACAUUUUGGAAGCUUCAUUAUCCUAGAGGCAGAAGUGCUCUGAAGGGAUUCCUGUGAAGAGGACUGCCUGGUUGGUGGGUACAGACCCUGGACUGACAAUAGAACCUUGCUCUGUACUUCAUAAUUAAAAUCUGGAAUGAUUGAUUUCUUAGAAAUUUUGAGUUGACUUUCUUGUGCUAACCUAAACAAGGAAAGAUAGCGCCAUUCAAUCGUGCCUGCAGUUUGAGGGAUGUAUAUUUAAAAUUAUGGUAAAAUACACAUAAUAUAAAAUUUACCAGUAGUGACAUUUAGUACAUUCACAAUGUUGUGCAGCUAUCACCACUAUCUAGUUCCAGAACAUUUUCAUUACUACAAAAGGAAAUCCCAUACUCAUUAAGCAGUCACUUCUCAUUUUGCCCUCCCUCUAGCUCCUGUCAACGCUAGUCUGCUUUCUGUUUCAAUGGAUUUUCUGACUCGAAAUACAUGGAAUCAUAUAAUAUGAGGUCUUCUGUGACUGGCUUCUUUCACUAAGUAUAAUGUUUUUAAGAGUCAUUAUGU